ACUCCCCAGCUGGAUCUAAACAUGAACAACAUGAGUACCCUAGGUACCAAUCACACUUUCAUGAAAUGCAACAAGAACGAUGAUUUCAAGUACCCGCUGUACAGCACCGUUUUCAGCCUGGUGUUCGUCUUUGGAUUCCUCUUCAACCUGGUGGCCGUCUACAUUUUCGGGUGCACGUUGAAGGUGAGGAACGAGACCACCACGUACAUGGUCAACCUGGUGGUUUCGGACUCUCUCUUCGUCCUCAGCCUGCCUUUUCGCAUCGUCUACUUCAUCAAACAAGAAUGGAUGUUCGGGAGCGAGCUGUGCAAGAUUUCCGUGGCGCUUUUCUACACCAACAUGUACGGCAGCAUCUUCUUCCUCACCUGUAUUAGCGUGGACCGUUUUCUGGCCAUCGUGCAUCCCUUUCGCUCUCAAAAAAUCCGGACUAAGCGCAACGCCAAACUGGCCUGCGUGACCGUUUGGGUGUUAGUCCUUUCUGGAAGUAUUCCCACGGGGUUCCUUCUGGAUACUACUUCACCCAAAAACGUUAACGCCUCUUCCAACUACUGCUUCGAAAACUAUUCCAGCAACCAGUGGAAGUCCGAGCUGUCCAAGGUGGUGAUGUUUAUCGAGACGGUGGGAUUCGUGAUCCCGCUGAUGGUCAACGUUUUCUGCUCCGUGAUGGUUCUCCGGAGGUUGAAGAAACCCCACGUCAUCAGCCGCGGCGGCAGCAUCAAUAAGAAAAAGGUCUUAAGGAUGAUCAUAGUGCAUCUGCUCAUCUUCUGCUUCUGCUUCAUCCCCUACAACGUGAACCUCAUGUUCUACUCUCUGGUCCGGACUAAAGCUCUCAAAGGAUGUUACGCGGAACACAUAGUGAGAACCAUCUACCCCAUUUCUCUGUGCAUCGCCGUGACCAACUGCUGCUUCGACCCCGUGGUUUAUUACUUCACUUCGGAAACUAUUCAAAGCUCCAUCAAACGCAAGUCCACCGUUUGGCACAACGGCGUCAGGCUCCUGGACAGAUUACAAGGGGACAGUGCACAAAGCAGCCCUAAUCUUACGCCUAAAAGUCUGACUUUGAAGUCUCAGAGAAGUCAGUUCAAGGAUACUAAAAAUUCAAGCUCCACUAUGUGA